AUUGAGCUUACUGUGAAACUUAGUCAAUUUGUGUAAUAAUGUCCUAUGAUAUAUAUUUUUUUAUGUUUGUUUAUUUUUCUGUUUUUAUGUAACCAAAUAAAGUCAACAUAAUAGUGCCUAAUCUAAUUCUUAGGAUUAGUUGCCAAACAGACCCCAGGCUCCCAUAAGCCGUGGCAAAAAGCCAGGACAACGCGAGGAAGAUGAUGAACAGUAACCAGCUGUAAAGUUAACAAAAAAACCGUUGAAAUAAUUUUUCCUUUAUUUAUCUAGUUGCUUAAUUUAGGCUUUUUACAAUAUGUAUAUAAAAGUACAAUAUAAAAACACUUUCAAAAGAAUACAAAAGAUAUAAACACAUUAUAAAAAACCUUACCUAGGGUGCAGGGCCCAAGCUGCCGGUGGUCAGGGCCGUAGAGAGAGGAACCGACGAACUAUCCGCGCCGUGUCCAAAAUUAUUAUUAUUAUUAACCUACUAAAUGAAAGAAUGACGUGAUUCAUACUUUCCUACAUGAUUGAUUAUUAUAUUAGUUCCAGUUGCCGAACGGGUAUCGCAAGAUAAACAAAUCUUAUCAAACGCGCGAUUACACAUCGUCAGUCAGGUGCGCGCUCUGCUACUACACGGUCAUGUGAAUUCCAAGAUGGCGUCCGCAAGCCUCCAGGACAUCAAAAUUGAACAUAAACGAAGACACACGCAAGGUCCUGCGCAAAUAGAAGCUAAAAUCGCUAAAAUAUCCACGAGGAGUCAACCGGAAUUGUAUGAUAUUCAUAGGAGUGAAAAAAACUCGCGCAGUGAUUUUGUAUAUGUGAAUACAGCGUAUGUUGGGAGUGUGGACGAUGUGAAUCAACCUCGGUUAAGUGCGCCGCCUACAUGUGUCGUCCGUGAGCAAUACUGGGCCUGCUCAAAAUGGCCGCUAGGGCAGCGCAUCCUGGCCAUCUCCGUAGGUUUGCUGCUGGGCACCGUCAUCGGGCUGACGGUCAUCGUUGUCCUCAGGGGUAUGGACAAGGAGAUCGGGCCGGGGUUCUUGGUGAGGCAGUCGGUGCCAGAUUAAGGAGUUAGAGAAUAGAACGGUGCCAUGAAAGGCCUGAAGUGCCUAUAAUUUUUUUGCAUAAUAAAUGUAAAUGGAAUGUAGUGUUUUACGUUAAGUUUGUUUUGUUGUGUUUUUCGUUUGUUGAGUGAGCAUUUAUUAAUAAAAGAGAGAGCAUUGUCAGUGGUCUUUUUUGUAGGAGAGUUACAACGUAAAUAAAAUAUACAGAAGUAAUGAAUGUUGAAUGGACGAAAAAAAUUGUGUAGUUUGCCUUAACUGGAAGUUAUUAAUAUAUUUUAAAUGCUCAAAAUGGAAAUGUGGCCAAAAGCAUCAGCCCAAAAGAUAGUUAGUAAUCUCGGUUGCCAUAUUGGUAGAAGAGCUGACUGCAAAAUUUCGUACCGACUUGAUACUGCGAUAAAAUGCACAAUGAUUUCUCAUCAAAGUGAUGCAAAAUUAGAAUUUGAUAGUCUGCCAUGGCGGAACUUGACAAAAUAGAAGGCCACUUCAGUUGCCAAAAAAGUGGGCUGAUUUAACCCAUCUGAUACCGAAAUAAUAGUAAUGGCAGAAGUUUAAUUUACUGGUAGUCAAAAAAGCAAAAUAUGUCAGCAUUUUUUUUUGCGGAAAUGCUUGGCAGACGCUCUCAAAGGUGACCAUGGGGCCCCAAAAUAUACCCAUCUGAUACCACUAUGAAACCAAUUCCAUUCGGUAGGUAUGAACCCCCGUUUCAGGAAUAUAUAAGUCUGCCAAGGCUUUUCCUGCUGAAACAUCUUGACAGGCGAUUUCGGGGUUAAUCCCAUAGAAAAAGUUGCUCAGUAUGACCUAUAUCGGGUGUAGCCUGUAACACGAGCAAAAAAUUGUAAUGUCGGCUGUACUCCUCAAAGUAACCAACAUUUGAUCAGCGACUGACAAGCAAACCCUUGAGUGAUCACUAGUAUAUAGAACUAGCAUCGACAGUUGAGUUUAUCGAUACAGGAACUCCCUACUUGUCAAACAAUUUUGCCCCACGGAUUCCUAUGUCUGUUUAUGAAUACUUAAGGGGGUUAUUGUUACAUGUCAAUUAACAAUAAUGUUAAUAAGUAAUGUCAUCGAUGUUGUGGUAAUGUUACGUUUUGUCAAUGUUGUUCUACGUCAGUACCUACGUUGUUUACUGUAUAGAUAUACAUAUAUUUUUUGUUUUGUAAAAUAUAAGAUUAAGUAAAUAAAACUGUUUUAAGUAAGACAGAGAUUAUUCAAAUUAAAUUUAUAUUGUUUUAUUAUUAUGA